AUUAGGGUUAUUUUAGAUGAUGACACCUAGCUACUUGAUCUGUCCCCUUUAGCUAGCUAAUUAUAGCUAUUGAAACAGAUUGUCUUUUUGCUGUGUUUUUGGGGAAGAACAUUGUUUGCAUCCAUCAGCUAGCUAGCUUUUUUAUGACAAGCACUGUCCAGAGCUUGGGGAAGGGCAGGUGCGCGAGACAAGUUUACCAGCAUCAUAUCAUACGUAUCGAUGAAUCGUUUUGACAUAUGAAAUACGAGUGAUAGUGUAAUCAAUGUGUAAUAACUACGUAAAAAAUGAAUGAACGCGAUAAAUUGUUAUGUGACUGCAGUCAUAUUCAGGUCCUGAUUGGUCAACAAGCUUAUUUGAAGUGUAUAUUUUUUGACACGUAAAGACCCAAACGGCGUUCCAUACUAUGUAUGGGCUAUUAUUUGUUGGCUAUUAUUUAUGUUUAUAUCAUUUAUAUAAAUAYGUUGUAAAGAAAUAAAGAUAAGUGGCAAAUAUCCAUUUUAAACAUGUACAUUUCAAAAUGCUAAAUGUUCCUGUGCUUGUUAAAUUCUAAAGGUACGACUGCAUAUCAUGCUAUAUAUGUUUACAAUAAUUAAUAUAACAUAAUAUUACCUUAAAUGUAUCCUUUUUAUAGAAACAUGUUUAUUAUCAUAUGACGGAUUUGCGACUGCGUGAGCUGCUAUGAAAAAAACCAAAGGGCUUUUUAUUUGAGUGUAACGGUAUCAAAGACUCAGUGGUGUUAUCAACCUGCUGCCACAUAUCAAAUGGAAUCAACAGUUCAUGGUUUUUACCUUCACUUGAAUGAAUUCCAUAUCUCCAGGAUGACUCAUUUUGUACCUCUUGUGUUUGCAUUUUGCUUGGGAGCGGUGGUACCUGCUCUGAGCUACCCGGAGACAGCUUUCGCACCACCGGCUCAGCCCUGUCUUGCGCCCUUGCAAUGGGAGGGCAGAUCCGUCGAAUACAACCACGACACUGGGCGAAAUGCACGGGCCUCGGUGUCGUAUGAUGCACAGAACCACAGAAUAAGGCUUCUUCAACAGAAUAAAAGACAUACACCAUGCCAGAAAUACUUUGAGUUUAUCUACCUGUACAACAGUGGCCUGCUGUUCCAGAUCGAGCAGAAGACGAAGCAGUGUUCUAAGAUCCCCUUGACCCAGGCCUGGGACCCCUUUGACAUCCCUAUGAACUCCACCUAUGAGGACCAGUACUUUAUCGGUGGACCUGGAGACAUGAUCGAGGUGCAGGAGUGGUCAGAUAGGAAACCAGCCCGCAAAAAUGAGGCGUGGGUGGGCGUCUACACAGUGAAGGACUGCUACCCUGUCCAGGAGACCUACACCAGGAACAGCAGCGUCACUACCUCUACCCGCUUCUUUGACCUCCAGCUGGGCAUCAGCGACCCGGAAGUCUUCACACCGCCCAGCAGCUGCCAGUCRGCCCACCCAGAGAUGAUGGACUCCGACUGCUGAGGCCUUCACCUUUCCCCUUUGACCCCAUGCGCUCAGUUUUCACAUUUCCCCCACUUUUUGUUUUGUUAGGCAAGUCAGUUAAGAACUAAUUCUUAUUUUACAAUGAUGGCCUACCCCGGCCAAACCCACCCCUAACCCGGAU